UACAGUGACAGCAUCAGCAACUGGAGCAGCAGUCUCUCUCAGGCUUAAGGAGGAAAUGCACUGUUUGUUUCUGUGGAUUACUGGAGCUUCACUAAAGCCUGGCUGGACUGGAAACAGUUUUGGCUCAUCUCUGCACGCCUAAGCUUUCAACUUAAAAUCUCUUUGCUUUUUAAUCUGGUGUCUGCUAGCUCAGUCUGUCUCGCCCCAGUUUUGUUGGGUGCUGUCUCAUCUGUCCUCUAUCCAGAGAUGAGCAGGGUGCUAGCAGUUAGCAACACAGGGUGCUAAAAGAGGAGAGGGGAGCAUGCCGGCCCCCCUCAGGAUGAGGAGGGGGGCCAGCAGGUCGGCUAUCCCAUCCCUCUCCACCAUCACGGAGGAAGAGGAGGGACAACGGUGCCGCAAGAGACGGAGGAGAGGCGGAGGCUCUGACUACCACCUCAGAGCAGAUGACAAGUCAUCAUGGAGUCGACCCGAGUCAUCCGCCUCGGGACAGAACACCUACACCGUUCGCAGUCCUACAGAGAUACACACUGCUACCAGACCAGAGCCUCUGAUGGUGAAGAAUGAAGAAAGACAGAAACUCGCCCGCGAGCGACGGGAGGAGCUGGACAAACAGAAUGCUGUACGAGGAUCAAAGUGGCAGGAGCGAGAGGAGAGGGCUCGACAAUUUUACGAGAAACAGCUAGAGGAGCGCAAGAAAAGGCUGGAGGAGCAGCGGAUCAGAGAGGAGAGGAGGCGCGCUGCUGUGGAGGAGAAACGGCGACAGAAACUGGAAGAGGAGAAGGCACGGUAUGAAGCUGUUAUCAGGAGGACCAAUGAGAGGAGUCAGAGAGUCAGGCCGAAAUCAAACCGCUGGAGCUGGGGAGGAACACUUUCUGUUAGCACCUCACACAACAGUGGUUUUGAUGACUCUGGUCUCUUGCCAUUGGAUUUAGCAGGGCUGGAACACUAUCAGGGUGUUUUAUACACAAAGCAUCGAGAGCAGUUUUGCUCUAAAUAUGCUGAGAGAAGGUCAGUGUCCACCAUGAAUCUGUCCAAACACACAGAUCCGGUCAUUUCCAAACGCCUUUCCUCCUCUUCAGCAACACUACUGAAUUCACCAGAUAGAGCCUUACAGAAGCAGACGUCCAUGUCAUCCUCUUGCUUACUUAAAAAAACACUGUCUAAAUCUCACAUCUCCAGAGAGAAGAUUCCUCAGGAAAGAUCAGCAGGUAUGCGUCGCAUGCCUCUGACUCAAUGGGAAAAUAUGAUGGUCAGUCGACUACAGACACCAACACACUCAUACCUGGCCAGGAGUCGCAGCGCCAUGUCUUUAACUGGUGAUGCAGUGACCCCCAUUUGUCCUCGCUCAGCCUCCUGUCACCCAAUGUGCCCAACGUCCUUUAAGUCCCUCCAAUCACGCAGCGCAGAGAGACCAAUGAGAACAAGCCUUAAUUUCGAGAAACCAAUUAGAGCAAACCUUGCUUCAGACACAUGCAAUCGCAGGAAGACCACUCAUAAUAUCCCGAUUGACCGGAAGGAUAAGGACUAUGUCAGAAAGUCAUGGAGUAAUUUGUCAUAUCCCACUUCCACUCUGAGCCUGUUCACGCCUAAAAGAGCUCCUUCACCCGCUGGACAGUGCAGAAGAGUCACCAACCCAUCUCCAAACAGGAGCUCCACUGCUAAACCAUCUCAGAAGUCCCAUAACCCUAAAAAAUCUCGGUCUCCACCUCCACCAGCAUCAAUGCUUCUGUCUGCUAGCAACCCCUCCUUAUCACCAGGCAACCUUAGACCCAACCGAGUGGCACCGGAGAGCCCGAGAGUUACCCCAGAAGGAGAGGGAGGCAAAAAAGAGGAUACUGACCCUCCUAAAACUGAACCCUCCGCAGAAGGUGCUGGAAGUCCCCCAGCACGACCUUCGGCAGGCACAACAGACCCAGAGGAAGCGUCUCGUCUGCUGGCUGAGAAACGACGACAGGCCAGAGAGCAGCGAGAAAGAGAAGAGGAGGAGAAGAGACAACAAGAAGAGGCUGAAAGGCGCAGCAGGGAGGAAAUAGCUCGCAGGAAGGCAGAGGAGCGAGCGAAGAGAGAGGAAGAGGAGCGAGUAAAGAGAGAGGAGGAGGCACAACGGCAGGAAGAAGAGAAGAGGAGACAGGAAGAGGAGAAGAAGCGUGAAGAGGAGGAGAAAGCUCAGAGAGAGAAAGAGGAAGCUGAGCGACUGCAGAAACAGAAAGAGGAAGAGGAGGCCCGGCAGAGAGAGGAAGCAGAGCGCUUGCGCCUGGAGAGAGAGAAGCACUUCCAGAAAGAAGAGGCAGAGAGACUGGAGAGGAAGAAGCGCCUUGAGGAAAUUAUGAAACGUACACGGCGUUCUGAUCAGAAAACCACUCCUCAGAAAAAUGGUGAUGUCAGCCAACAGGGAGCACAAGAUUCAACGAGUCCUUCAGUGAGUGUGUCGAGCCCUCCGGCUCCUGAGACAGAAUGCAGUGAAAGUAAUGGACACACGGGUCCCAGCUUCAUUACACCUAUACUGCCCACGUCUGGUCACAGUACAAUCCUGACCACCCAGCUCAGAGAAAAUGGCAUUGUCACAGAGAAAGAGGACUUUGAGCAGGUCAUAGAGGUUCCCCUAGUGACCAAAUUGUCCCGUCAGGAUGGAGACGGGGAGGAGAUGGGAAACGAUGAGGAAAGGAAGGUUCCCAUUUUGGCUUUCAGGGAGAACGGUGCACAGUAGAGAGCAGAUGUCAACAUUUAAUAAUGCUGGAUGUGCAAAACACAACACAGGAAAGAGAAAGUUAGGAAAUGUCAGAGAGAUUCCCUUCACAACACUUCCCUGCAUCCGAUAUGCAGACACUUAACAUUACAAAGAGAAGUCAACCCUGUGAACAUCUUCUCACAGUCGGGACAGAUGUCCUGACCUCUGCUGUUUCUAAACGACUCUUUCCCCUAAAUCCAGACGUGGAUUAAACCAAUACUGUCAAAGAGGGGACCACUGUUGUGCUGACUGAAGUCCCUCAUCUAAUACUUGAAGACUCCUGUGAAGUGUGAAACGUAAAGAACGUGGCAGGAGAAUAAUGCUUGGUUGUAUGUACAUAGAUUUUUGAGAGCAAAAUCUUCUAGUUUUCCUCUCAUUUCGCCAGAGAUUAAGUGGCUGACUUCUGCUUAGUUUUGUAAUUAUUGUUAAAGAAUGAAGAGAAAAUAUUUUCUUUCCUAUUUGUAAAGCUCGAACAGAUCGAGGUUUUUGUUUCGGCUGCAAAGACCUUUCACUUCCUUUGCAAUCUGGGCAGAGGCUUUGUAUAGUUGCGUGACUCUCAUGAAGGCUUUCUAGAUCAUAUCCUGGUCAUAUUUCACCCCAAAAGAAAACAAAAUCUGAAAUGAUACUUUGCAUACAAAAAUGAAGUUUGUGUUAAAACCUGCAGUAUUUGUGACAUCAUUUUCCUGACAAUCUGAUUCUUCUUAUGGUAAUGCUAAAGCACUGCGAUGCAGAAAAUUAAUUUAAAUUGUUUAUAUUAUUUAAAAGUGUUUAUGUAUUAACCAUUAAAAUAAUGCUAACUUGUUAUUGAAACUCGAAAGUAAACCAUUCCGAUGUGUUACAAUAAUGAGAAUUUGACGAGUAAAUCAAAUUGUCAUGGAAAUGCAAAAAAAGUCAUGUCUGUUAUGCAGGUUUAUUUUUAUUUUUAAUAUAUAAAAUAACUUAAUUUCUUAAGUUUAGGGGUGAUGUGAUAUUGACAUGGUUUUCAUGAGAUUCACUUUUUGCUAGAUGUGUUGUUUAUUCAACAUACAGUAAAUACAGAUACCCAUCUCAGAGGACCUUGUGACAUCAUCAGUGUAUCAUGUCCACUUUAUCUGAAUCCACGUAAGCUAAUGCAAUCAUUUAAAAUCAAUAAAAUCAUUAUAUUUAUAAUAAAUAAUAAACAAAAACUAAAGUAAAAUGUCUUUAAAUUUAAAA